AUUUAACUGUGUACCCUGUCUGCCAUCGACAUUCUUACCGUACCUUACCGGUACUUCCAUACGGGCAUCACAUUUAACAACCUACCCACCCAACUCUUUUCUAUUUAAAACGGCGGCAUAGUUUCCUUCUUCAUUUUCUACAAUAGCAAAGUCCCAAGAACUACUAAUCCUUCCGCCGGACUCUCACUUUCGAGACAUCCAUCACUUUCAUCCCACACACAUCAUGGAUCCUAACGAGAGACCACCGCCGACCCUCCCGCCGCAGGAGCAGAUGCGCCAGAGGCGACUUGCGAAGUUAGGCGGUCUUGGGUCAUCAGCCUCGACGGACUCCAAGCCCCAAGAAGCUUCCAAGUCCGGGUCCUCGACCUCGACCUCGACACCAGAUGCGCCACCCAACCAGACCCCAACGAACCAAGAGAACACGCGCCCUACUCCUCUACCGACCCGACCAAGCACCACCGUCUCCCAGAGUCAGACCGCAUCGACCAACCCGUUCUCUCAACUAGGUACCAAAAGCAAGUCAGAACAUGGGAAGAUUGCAAAUGCGGGCUCAGCGACUCCAUCGAAGAAGGUUCAUAUCACUAAGGAGGAAAGCUUGGAGGAUUGGACGAACCGGGUGCUGGGCGACAUUUUCCGUGUCACUCUAGAUGAGACGAAGACGACCGAUAACAGAGGUUUCAAGUUGACAUACUUGCCAGACCUCAGAGCCGAGUUGGAGCAGUCGGGCGACCCUAUCAAGCUAACUACCGCAUCGGUGGAGUCUGCUCUGUUGGAAGCAGUCCGACAUCUACCCACGACCAAGCCGAUUCUCGAUUACCUGCUGCCGUGCUGGAAGCGUGUUGUUAGGGCCACCAAGCCUCCCAGACCCUUACCUCCCGAGAAGGAAGCGGUUGUGAAUGAGGCGAAGCGACUGUGCAUGAGUAACUGUAUAUUCGCUCUAACUAUGCCAGAGUUAUUUAGCCGUGCGCCCAAUCCCAACCACGACACUCUGGUACCCUACCUUCUUCGUCAUCAUGACAACGAAGACGGUAUCUGCAUGGAUUUCUUUGCCGAGGCGACGUCUCGUAUUCCGGAGGAUGAUACCGUCGCUUCCGUCUUCACCGACGCCAUGGUCGCUAUGAGCACCAAGCUGGCAACAAUGACGAUGAACGACGACUAUAAGCCUUACGUUAACUGUUUGGUUACGUAUUCAAAAUUCCCUCCCCUCUUAAAUGCCCUUGCGCAACAUCCUCGCUUUCUCGCGACCGCCACCCCGGACAUGUCGAAAGAGCAGAUAGCUCUUUCAAGCGAGACGAGCACUAUCCUAGGGCCCUUCUUCCGCAUUUCUCCGCUACAGACCGAAGUCACCAGGGUCUUUUUCGCUGGCGCACGAACAAUUGCCCCAGGUCAUGUGAAGUCAUCUCAGAGCGCGCUGCAGAUGACUCUCAAAGCCCAUCAAGGUGACUUGGUAGGCAUCAUUAAUUCCUUCGUCAGAGCCAGCGCGACCGCCCGAAAUGCCACACUUGACUGGUUUGCGUUUGCCUUGAACACAAACCACAAACGGCGUGCACUCCAAGUUAAGUCCACGGAGGUAGCAUCGGAUGGUUUCAUGGUCAACUUGACGGCGAUUCUGGACCAGUUAUGUCAACCUUUCAUGGAUUCGACCUUCUCCAAGGUAGACAAGAUCGACGUUGACUAUCUCCGACGUAGUCCGCGAGUUGACAUGAGUGAUGAGACGAAGCUCAACGCUGAUCAAGCCACUGCGGACGCUUUUUAUAAGACACACGUCGCAGGAUCGUCAAACUUCAUCUCAGAAGUGUUCUUUCUAACUUUGGCUGCUCACCAUUACGGACUUGGGGCGACGCAAUCAAAGCUGAAGGAUCUUGACAAGGACAUCAAAUAUGUCGAAGGCCUUAUCAAAAAGAUCGAGGCCGAAUUGCCCAAGUUGCAGAACGAUCCGUUCCGUCUCCCUGCGGCAAGACAGCACCACGAGAACGCCGUCAACACGAUCGAGAAGUAUAUCGCAUUAAAGUAUACCAUAGAGGGAGUUGUACUGGACGAGUGUAUGCAGACAUUAUCCCUUCAGUUCAUGCGAUACGUCUCUGUGUGGCUUCUCCGAGUGGCUAGCGGAGUAGAUUAUAGACCAGCUGGAGGCAAGGAGAUCAAAUUACCACUUCCGGCGGAUAAACCAGAUGCUUUUAGUUGCCUUCCUGAGUACGCCAUCCAGGAUGUGGUUGAAAAUUUCAAGUUUAUAUUCCGAUUCAAACCCCAAAUUCUCGUGUCAGCUGUUGGCGACGAGAUUAUCACGUUCUGCAUCACGUUCUUAAGAUCUUCGGAGUACAUCAAGAAUCCCUACUUGAAAUCAUCUCUCGUCACCCUACUCUUCUCCGGCACGUGGCCAGUAUAUCAUCUAUCUAAGGGAAUCUUAGGUGAUAGCCUGUCGUCGUCCUCUUUCGCUAAUGAGCAUCUCUUGCAUGCUCUCAUGAAGUUUUACAUCGAGUGCGAACAUAGUGGCGUCAGUUCCGCAUUUUACGACCGAUUCAAUAUUCGUUAUGAAAUAUUCCAGGUCAUUAAAUGCAUUUGGGACAACAACGUCUACCAGGAGCAGCUUAGUCGCGAGAGCAAGGUCAAUCGCCAAUUCUUCGUGCAAUUUGUCAAUUUGUUAUUGAACGAUGCGACGUACCUAUUGGACGAGGCGUUGACUAAAUUAAUCAACAUCCACGACUAUCAGAUUCAGUUGCACCAGUCUCAACAAUUGGGUCUAUCUCCCGAAGAUAUCGAGAAGAUAAGGACGGAGCUAGAGAAGGCAGAGCAGCAGUGCCAAUCGUGGAUGCAGCUAGUCAACGAUACGAUCAGUAUGAUGAAGCUGUUUACGACAACGUUGCGGGACGCAUUCACUAUGCCCGAGAUAGUAUAUCGGCUAGCAGGUAUGCUGAACUACAACUUGGAAUCCCUCACAGGAGAUAAGCGAAGCAAUCUCAAAGUAGAGGAUGCUAAGAAGUACCACUUCGACGCCAAGGCACUCCUGUCAGACUUCGUGGACAUAUAUAUCAAUCUGAAGUCGAAACCCACGUUCAUCGAAGCUAUCGCGGCUGAUGGGCGCUCAUACAAGCCGAAAAACUUUCAGAAGACGUCUACAUUAUUAAGGGAGAAAUUCUUCAAGUCCAAGGAAGUCGUGGACGAUUGGAACUCCCUAUGCACGUUGGUCGCCGAAGCCAAGCAACGUUUGGAUCAGGCCGAACUCGACUUAGGAGAAAUACCUGAGGAGUUCGAGGACCCACUGAUGGGUGAACUGAUGACUGAUCCCGUCAUCCUCCCAUCACAGAAUAUCGUCGACCGUUCGACGAUUGUCCAGCAACUACUUUCCAAUCCGCUGGACCCAUUCACGCGCAAACCCAUGACCAUCGACGACGUAAUCCCGGCCGACGACCUGCGCAACCGGAUUAAAGAGUGGAAGACCGAGCGCAUCGCUGCUGCUAAGGCUAAGGCGUCCGGCGGGGACGCAAUGGACACGAGUGACGAUUGACGAAUAUCUUGAUAUUUUGCUUCUUGUAUCAUGUAUCAAUAGCUUUUUCGUCACUGCAUGACCUCACCAUUUGGAGGUACGUGCGAUUUGGUUUCCUCGGAGAGCCCGGGGCAUAGAGGGCAUUACAGGGAGGAUCAUGAGGGCUCACGGUUUCGAGAUGCUUUUUUAUUCGUCUUCGUAGGACGACAUGGCAAAUUCAUGAGCAGGAAACCGGGUAGAUACACAAUUAUAAAUUAACAUGACGUGCUAAAUUUACGGGA